AUGUUUUCGUGCAUAUUUUUAUGUUUAUUCGUCGGCUACGCUUGGAGUUUUACCGAUAAAGACUCCCCGCCGCAAUGGAAUGAUGUUUACACAGUUAAGGGAUUGUUAAACAUACCAUAUGCUGAAUUACAUGAGCCGUUCUAUGCUUGGUACGAUCGCAAGAAUGGAAAGUCUCGUAUCGACUACUAUGGUACAAUGGUUAAGACUUACCAGCUCGAGUCGAGCGUGUAUCCGCAAUUCGGCACAUCGAUCAAGAUUGCGCCGAUAACGACAGAACACGUCCUGAACCAAGAAACGUGCCUGCAAGUGAACGGAACAGAAGAGAGUGCGAUAAAUAUCCAGUCGGUGCUGCCAGAUAUGACUGACUUCAAGUAUGUAGGUACAGAGACAAUGCAGGAUUCAGACACUUCAAAAUGGCGAAUGGUGAUGACUGUUGGUGAUAAAGUGAACAAGUACACAAUGUGGGUGAAGUACAGGAAGAGUUUGCGCGGUGAUGCCAUACCGAUCCCUGUUAGGUACGAAAUGAAAGGCUUCAAUUCGCUUCUGGGCUCCCACUAUGACCAUUAUUACAUCGACUAUGAGGACUACUGCGUAGACGACAUUGACCCCAAUGUUUUCAAAGUAGACGCGAGUUUCAAAUGCACUUCCUUCCCCGGUCCCGGAUCGAAGCACUAUGCCACCUUCAACCCGAUGAAGGAAUUCGUUCAUCCCGUUCACGACGCUCACGUCGACGACGAGUUUGACAGAUUCCAGGCAAAACAUAAGAAACAAUACGCCAAUGAAUUGGAACAAGCGAAACGGCUCAACAUUUUCCGACAAAAUCUCAGAUACAUUCACUCGAACAACCGUGCCAGGCGUGGCUUUACUAUGGCAGUCAACCACCUCGCAGAUAGGACUGAUGAUGAACUGUCUGCGCUGCGUGGAAGAAGAUACAGCGGACCAAACAUGGGUCUUCCCUUCCCCUAUGGUAAACCUGAAGUCGACGAAAUGAGUGUUAAACUACCGCCAGAGUUCGAUUGGAGGCUGUUUGGCGCUGUGACACCUGUUAAAGAUCAGUCAGUGUGCGGAUCGUGUUGGUCUUUCGGGACGGUCGGGGCGGUGGAAGGAGCUCUCUUCUUGAGCAACGGCGGACAUCUGGUUCGCUUGAGUCAGCAAGCGCUCGUCGACUGCUCUUGGGGCUUCGGCAACAAUGGAUGCGACGGUGGUGAAGACUUCCGCGCGUACCAGUGGAUCAUGAAACACGGUCUGCCCACUGAGGAGGAUUAUGGCGGAUACUUGGGACAGGAUGGCUAUUGUCACGUCGAUAAUGUCACCCUGGUGACAUCUAUCAAGGGCUGGGUGAAUGUCACUGCGAAGGAUGAAAAAGCACUCAUGCUGGCUCUCUUCAAACAUGGUCCCAUUUCGGUAGCCAUUGAUGCCAGUCACAAAAGUUUCAGUUUUUACUCUAACGGCGUCUAUUACGAACCGAAAUGCAAAAACAAGGUAGAAGAACUUGACCACGCUGUGCUGGCGGUGGGGUAUGGGGUGCUAAACGGCCAGAAGUACUGGCUCGUUAAAAACUCUUGGUCUAAUCUGUGGGGUAAUGAUGGGUACGUCCUUAUGUCAAUGAAGGAUGACAAUUGUGGGGUACAAUGUGCCCCGACUUAUGUGCUUAUGUAA